AUUCUACUAUCUCUUUGUGCUUGAGUUGUAUUGGGGAUCAUGUCCGGCAGAGGCAAACAAGGCGGCAAGGUUCGGGCUAAGGCCAAGACCCGCUCAUCCCGGGCUGGGCUGCAGUUCCCAGUUGGCCGUGUUCACCGCUUGCUGAGGAAAGGCAAUUAUGCCGAGCGGGUGGGAGCCGGAGCUCCGGUCUAUCUGGCCGCAGUACUCGAGUACCUGACCGCUGAGAUCCUGGAAUUGGCCGGGAACGCUGCCCGGGAUAACAAGAAGACCCGCAUCAUCCCCAGGCACCUGCAGCUCGCUGUGCGCAACGAUGAGGAGCUGAACAAACUGCUCGGAGGGGUGACUAUCGCUCAGGGCGGGGUCCUGCCCAACAUCCAGUCCGUGCUGCUCAGAGCCACUCGCAUUAUCUAAACACGGCUGUGUGACACAUACGGGUAAAUCUGACUGCUGAUCCGCUCAUAAACCCAAAGGCUCCUCUCAGAGCCGCCCAAUACGCACAAUAGAACUGCAUCGCACAGGGUUUUUUUUUUUUUACAGAAUAAAUGAAUGUGGCGGGAUACAGACAUAACGUUA